AGUCAUUUCCCCUCUUGUCCCAUGUCCGAGUGAAGCUCUCUCUCUCUCUCUUUGUGAAUGCCAUUCCGUUCCGGCCGAGUGGGAUUAGAAAAGGCGAAACUCGGCCUGGUUUUUUUUUCGCUCAUCGUCUGUGGUUUUCCCUCCAACUCCGAUGGAGGCACCACCACAUUCCAAGAUGCUCUCAAACAGGCCUUUUGUCGUGCCCGAUGCCUUCUUCAGGGAGGGAAGAAGGAGGGGCCUCUUUUCAACGGGGAUCCAAGGGAUUUCUAUCUCCCAUUCAAGUGCUACAGUCGCAAUUGUGAAAAGUGCCUAGAGAGGUGUUUCCUCGUCCUGCCAAGCUCCCUCAUUCUUCAAGAUGAUUCCGCAACGGCAAGUCUGAGCCCGAUUGGGCUGCACUGUCAGAAACUGAACGAGAGGGAUAAAACCGUGACUGCCAUUUUGAAAUGGGACGUGAAACCUAAGACAUACGAAAUCCCUGUUUCCGUCGUUCUGGAAAUGAGAACGAAAUCUAGCCCCGAUUGGACCCUUCUCAAGCAGUCUGACUACAUGUACGCGACGGACUACGGGUUGUUCCCGUGCAAUGGCCUUGCUCCGGGUCAGGAUCAUCAGUGGAGGUUGACAGGGGUCACAGGAUCCGGACAAAUCCUUCCAUCGACCAUCAGCCCUUGGAUGCACACACUUGGAGUUGAGGAUGCCGUGCCAAGUGAGGUCACGUCAGCCCAUGUGACCUCGAUGAGGUCAAAUUCGGAAGGAGUCAUCGCCAUCUUAUCAUGGCAACCCAAUACAGAAUUUUCGUGCCUUUUUGACGUCUAUUGGCUCCACGAUGAGGACGACAGCUACAAGCACGUCGACGUGGAGGAGGCAUACGCGACGGAACUGAAGGGCCUUUCCUAUGCCUCCACUUACACCGUGGUGAUCGUCCCCAAGUCCUUGGGGAUACGGGGUCCCAAAUUCACUUCAAAUUUCACCACUCCAUCCUGUCUAGACCUCAAUGCCUUCAGUUUUAAUCGAUGCCCGCCGACUCCUCCAAGGAACGUGAAGAUAGGGCAGGGUCAAGAGGGGUUGGUGGUGACCUGGGAUCCCCCCGAGGGCAUGUCAUCCUCCAAUUCCAUCAGGAAUUAUCGACUGGAAGUCCGGGAUAUCCUCGACCUCUUAUCACCUCUGAUUCUCAACGUCUCUAUCCCUCCGGAAAAGACGCGGUACAUGCUGAAGGCAAUAAAGAGGGACACCGUGUACAAGGUCUGGCUCAGGUCGGAAGCCGUCGGCGGUACCAGUCCCUACGUGUCUCGCGGAAUCCGACUCGGGAGCACGCACCUCAGGAUCCCCUUCUCGGACCCCCGUCUUCUCGGGCUCGACCCAGAGGACCUGGAACUGGAAGAGAGAAGAGGAGGUUGGAUGGGGAAAGACUGGAUCGUGGCUGUGGUGCUGGUGGUCACAGCAGUGUUUCUCGUAUUCCUCUUAGUCGCUGGCAUCCUCUGUCUCAGAGGCAACAGGAAUGGCAGGAAACACAAGAACUCUCACAUUCCUCCCACACUGACAGAGGACGGGAUGGGAGAUGAGGAUGGAAAUCUGAGCAUAGGUGCCAAGCCCGUGAGAAUUGCGACUGCUUCGGAAACAGGGAAUGAAGUGGAAGAUCCUUGGGAGAUUCAUUGGGAUCGGAUCAUUCUGGGGGAUCUUCUCGGCCAAGGAGCUUUUGGCAUGGUCCUCAAGGCCAAGCUCCUCUCGUCCCAAUCUUCUGCACCCCCAAUGAUCGUGGCGGUUAAGAUACUCAAAGAGGAAGCAACAUGUGAGGAGAGGAGCCAGUUGUUGAAUGAAGUGAGCCUGCUUAAGAGCUUGGGUGAGCACCCAUACUUGGUGACAUUCUAUGGUGCCAUCACGCGGGGGCCCCGAGUGGCCAUGAUUGUGGAACACUGCCCUAGUGGGGACCUUCAAACCUAUCUCCGAGAUGUGAGAGAGAAGAAUCUGAUGAUGGAGCAGAUCCCACAGGAUGUGAGCUAUGCUCAAUUGGAACUUGGCGAUUCAGGGAUGGGAGGAGACGAGAUGAUGGAGGUGACAUUGGUGGAUUUAUUGUCCUUUGCUCGCCAGAUUGCAUCUGGAAUGGAAUACUUGGCAUUGAAUCGAGUUGUGCAUAGAGACCUAGCCACCCGGAACGUUCUGAUGGUGGACUCACGACGAGUGAAGAUUUCAGAUUUUGGGCUCAGCCGUGAUGUCUAUGAGCAGAAUGUCUACCAUAAGACCACUGAUGGGAAGCUCCCUGUGAAAUGGCUUGCUAUUGAGUCCCUCUUUCAUCAGAUCUACACCAGCAAGAGUGAUGUGUGGUCCUUUGGAAUUCUUCUGUGGGAACUGGUGACCUUUGGUGGGAUGCCAUAUCCUGGGAUAGCAAUUAAGAAGCUCUUCAACCUCCUCCAAACAGGAUACAGGAUGGAACAGCCUGAUGAUUGUCCUGAUGACCUGUAUAAAAUAAUGCUGAAGUGCUGGGAUGAGAAACCACUUCAGAGACCAUCUUUCACUCAGCUCCGAGAGAACAUCGAGAAGAUACUGGAGCGCCUUGUUAGUGAUCACUACCUCAGUUUGGAACAUGAUGAUCUCAAGAAAGAUAACACUCCAUUGUGAGUACUUCUUCUCAUCUGCUAAAAAAAAAAACAUGCUGCAAUGGUGUUUGAGACAAAAACCUCCUAGG